AUGGAGAAUCAGAUACUGCUUGAUAUAAGGUCAAUAAUAGACAGCGGACUUGUAACUGAAAUAUUUGGUCAAAAUAAUCCUGUUAGUUCUGAAAACUUUAAUCUGGAAACCGCAGCAAUUAAUAAUCCCAUUGAAGAAGGAUUGCUGUCUAGUCAAGACAACGUGUGCGCUGUGAAUGUGGGAGAGGCUUUGUUAGAUCACUGCAAGUAUCCACCCACUGCUGAAAAUCAAAAUGCAAUAGUAAAUGUUGCAGUACAUCCACAUGGGAGCAACAGCCCUGACGACGAAGAUCUUGAAAAAUACAAGGAAUUAAAUCUUCCAGAAGCAGCUGAACAUAUGCAUUCUCCUUAUCUGCCUUCGAGUGGUGUCCACUUGCUUUCUUCUGUAGCGAUGCAGUAUGAAAAUUGCAGUGUUCCAACUCUAAGCAUUUUCUCUCCAGAAGGAACAGUCAAUCAAAAUGUCAGAAUGAUACCAGUGUUCAGAUCAUUCAUGCCUCCAGUUGCAGGUGAGAAUAAGUGUAUUUGUUAUGAUCAAUUCAAAGGAAUCCAAACCAGUACUAUGCAGUUACAAAACUUGACCAAUUGCUUAAAUGAAUCUUCCAGUGAUACCCGUGGCUUACCUCAGACUAGUGUUUCUGUCUAUGAUGGAACAACGGAGGCAAGAGAGGCAGUUAGUAGUGUUAUUGAGAAUUACCAAGACAGAGCAAUUUUGCAGAGUUCAAAUGUUGAUGAGUCUGGCUACAAGUUAUUACCAUUGCACAGUGUAGCAGAGGAAUCCAGAUGUUCACCCAGAAAUUAUUCCGACCCUGUGGUUAUCUGCCAGUUGGAAGGAGGUACUCAAGUACUCUGUAUAAACACUUGUAGCACACAAGAACUAAAACCAGUUCAGCUGAUUCCUGAGUAUCCCGACCCAAAUAAUUAUCUUCAAUCAGGUACAAUAAAAACAAAACUUACGUCUAACCUGUCAGAG